CUGGUCAUAACACAAAUAUUUUCCAUUCAUUCUCUUCUUAUAAAGAAAAAAAAUGGCUAUCAAAUUCAAUCCCCUCCUUGGGUCUCUCUUAGUGGUGGUUGCCACCGUUCUCCUCCAUGUCUCUGACGCAAAAGGCGGCCGGAAAGAGGCUAUUGCAGGCGGUUGGAAGCCCAUAACCAACAUAACAGAUCUUGAGGUGGUGGAAAUAGGAAAAUUUGCGGUGGAUGAGCACAACAAAGAGGCGAAGACAAAAUUGGAGUUUCAAAAAAUAGUGAAAGGAGAAAGCCAAGUCGUUGCCGGAAUAAAUUAUCGAAUGGUCAUCACCGCCAAAGAUAGUGACUCGCUACGUAACUACUUGGCCGAGGUGUGGGAACAUCCAGAGAAGAAACUUAGAAACCUUACUGCCUUUGUAGUAUGUAAGCCUAGUAAAUAGAGAACAAUCAUGUACUUUUACUUAAAUUUAGUUGGUAAAGACGUUAAAUCUGAAUGAAGUAUCUAACUUUCUAAAGAAAUCUAAUGCAGCAUAUAGAAGUUAAUGAAAUCAAUGAAAUGAAUCUUUCAAUUGGUA